AAAAAAUAAAAUAAACAUAAAAACAAAGAAGUUCAUUAUAUUUUCCCUGGGACAUCCUCAGCUUGAGCCAUAGACAAAGCUUGGUGCUCAUAAUGAAUCCUUGUGUGUGUUUUAGAAACUCCAAUAGCAAAAAUGAUCGAAGGAACCGGAAGUUUAAGGAAGCUGAGCGGCUCUUCAGUAAAUCUUCAGUUACUUCAGCAGCUGCAGUAAGUGCAUUGGCAGGAGUUCAGGACCAACUCAUUGAAAAGAGAAGGUUGAUGUUAGCUGCUCAAAGACAGAAAGAUUGCCCGAGUACUGAUGGUGCUUCUGGGGAUUUGUGUUUCUUCCCUCAAGGGGAACCAGGAAGUGGGACGGAAAGCGAUACUUCUCCAGACUUCCACAAUCAGGAAAAUGAGCCCACCCAGGAGGACCCUGAGGAUCUGGACGGAUCUGUGCAGGGAGUGAAACCCCAGAAGGCUGCUUCCACUUCCUCAGGGAGCCAUCACAGCAGCCAUAAAAAACGAAAGAAUAAAAACCGACACAGCCCGUCUGGCAUGUUUGAUUAUGACUUUGAGAUUGAUCUGAAGUUAAACAAAAAACCACGAGCUGACUAUUAGAAGACGCAUUAGUGCAGCAGCUUCCAGGCUGUAGAGCCCUGCUUCCCUCCUCCGGCCUCACAAAGAUAAACAUCCCUUGCCUGAGUGCGUGGCCAUCCACCUCUGCUUUCCCAGACCUGGUGCCUGUGACUCUGAGUCGCUUGUUCUGAAAUGUGGUGACAAGUCAUUUCUGUAAGACCACAUCGGAUCAUUUACUUUGUGUCAUUCUUAGUAACAGAACUGCAGGAAGACCAAGACCUGGUUGUAAUCCCAGCAAGUUGCUAACUGAAUCUCUCCCUUCUUGGGACGAAUAUCUCCCCCUAACCUGGUCGGCACCAGCUUCAUCUGUGAGAGCCACAGAGAAAUGGCCUCUGCUUUUAUUUUACGCUGAAAGUAGAGCACUGAUCACAUUUCAUGGGAGGCUGUAAAUACCUGUCAUUUUCUUAUUUUGUUUGUGUUUCAUUAUUUUUCUAUUGUUGUUUUUACCAUCUUAUUUCCUUUGGGGCUUUUUGUAAUGACUUUGUACAGCUCAUACCUUCCGGCUGACAUAUCUAAUAAUCUGUUUCACGGAGUUGCCAAUGUUCUUAAACUGAAAGUGACCUGGUUUACCAUAAACAAAAUGGGGAACUUGGCUCUUUGGUUUUUCACAGGGGAAAGUUAAAGAGUGUUUAUUUAAUAAUUACUUAUCUUAACUCUUUCUGAGUUGGGAGUAGUUUCAUGUUCAAGGAAUAGGAAAAGCUGAAAAACAUAAGUUUAAAUCAGUCCUUUUAAAAAUAUUUUUAUUCUUUUUGUAUAAAUAAAAAUCCACAGGAUUUGACUUCUCAUGCUUUACUUUUAAACUUGAGAUUUUUUUCACUUAUUUAUUCAUAUCAUGCCUUAUGGAAAUUUCUUUUUCCACCUUUUCUCUCUUUGCUGGCAUUUGCCUGAUUAACUAGUGCUUGGAAAAUCACUAAGGCAUAUGGAAAGGCUCAAAAUUGUACUCAAAGCUGAUACCACACAGAGUUCUUGAGCAGAGUGAGAGAGAGGAUCAACAGGAGCCAGUAUCGCCCAACAGAUCCCCCUUCUCAGGGGGGUGAGGAGCCCAGGAACUUGCUGAUCAUCGUUACUGGUCGUGUUGCCCGUGGAGCAGUUGUGAUCUACCUUGGCUGCACAUUGGAAUCACCUGGGAAGCUUAAAAAAUACUCCUGCCUGGGUCCCACCCCAGAGAUUCUGGGCCAGGGUACAGUCUGGAAUGGGGAUCUCUCUUCCGAGAGUCCCUGGGUUCUGAUAGGAAGCCAAGUAAAGAACCACUGUGUUAGGAGACGGGAUGAUGCGACUUAAAUCCUGUGUUGUGAAUCAGUCUAAGCAGGGAUGAGACUUGGGGGCCUCCCCCUCCCUUGGACUGUAUUUAGUCAUAGUCCUUUACUUAUGCCUAUAUCUUUGUUAGAAAAAAUAUGUUCCAUUUGUGAUCAUAUUGGUAGAGCUGAAUGUGGGUGAUGUCGAUUAUCAGAACAAUUCUACUUUGUCGGAUGUACAAAAGCUUUCACUCUUGUUCUCAAUAAAUCUUUCUUUCCUUUUU